ACCAAGCCUGCCAAGUCCCAACAAGCAGCAGCAGCAAGCGAGCCAACGAGUCCUCCGGUCGCUCGUCGGAGGCAGGGCCAGGCAACGCAACGCAGCAUGUGCAACCUCAUCACGAUCCCGUCGGUAGCCUGGCUGCACCGCGCCGUGCGCCGGUGGCGGGCCCGCCGCUCCGCGUCCGCCCCGGUUCCCGCGGGGCACGUGGCGGUGUGUGCGGACGGCGCGCGGUUCAUGGUGCGGCUGGCGCACCUGAGCCACCCGGCGUUCCUGGAGCUGCUCCGGCAGGCGGAGGAGGAGUACGGCUUCCCGUCCGGCGCCUCCGGCCCCGUCGCGCUCCCCUGCGACAAGGGCCGCCUCCGCGACGUCCUCCGCCGCGUCUCUUCCUUGUCCGGCUCCGAGGAGCCGCGCCUCUCCUCCUUCUGCCGCCGCCGCGGCGACUCGCGGCCGCUGCUGCAGGGGAUGGCCUCCCGUGAGCGCGCGCGCCGCGGCACCGAACGAUCGGGCGACGGAGCACCCAAUUUCUGCCAUGCACAGCGGCAGCAGCCGGUGACAGACACGGUCCCCCGGACGCGUACGCUCCGCACAGCAGGCGCCGAAACGCUGAUCAGAAGGGCCUGCGUGCUCAUCUGCGCUGCGUAAUGCCGGCGAUCGGACAAACAUGUACUGGAGCCGGGUUGAUGGUGAUGGUACUAGUAACUGAUUGAAG